AUGCGUGAGUGCGUGUGUCACUGGCGCCCCUCCUCCACCGCAGACGGUUUAUAUAUCGGACUGUUCCUCGCCUUCGUCCCUUUCCUCCUUCCCAUUAACUCCUCCUUCGCAUCACCAACACUUCAACAUCCCUUCUUAAUCAAAUCCCACCAAAAUGACCCUCAUCAGAUCUCCUGCCCCCCUUACCCCCCUCUACCCUUACCCCUGCAUCAACACCCAGACAACUGAACAACACUCCUAUUCCAUCGCUCGUUCCGCGGGUCUGUCCUGGCUCCAGUUGCCAGCGACGGCCCCUGCCCCUUCGUCGUCUUCUGCCGCGGCUACCUCCCAGAAGUACCGCACCCUCGCCUCAAUCCAAUCCCAAACCCGCCACCAACAGUGCGAGCAACACCUCGCCAACAUCCUCGGCUCCACCAGUUCGCCCGCCUCCCCAAUUUCGCCCUCCAUCAAGCCCAAUCCUCUUGAUAGCCUUCCUCUCACCACCCCUCAUACCCCCACUCCUCACCAGCAGACACUCGCCGAUGCUCAUCACAUCAGCUCCCCAUCCAGUAUCACGUCUGCUAUUCAAGAGAUGGAUUCCACCCACGGCACUUGCUUCCUGACCUGGAUCCACAAUCCUGCGAACCUCGACUACAUCUCCCUGCGCCUUCGCCCACUCUGCCUCGAAUACCCUCUCGUCGAUGUGGCCAAUGUCCUGAGGUGGAUUGGCGCCGAUUGGACCUCGGCCGAUUGUAAGGCACUCUUUCGGGCCAUCACUCAGUCUUGGGAUCAGUCCAAGAGACGCAUGUUGGCGUUUCUUUUGAUCAGAGACGAGGAAAUGAGACAGAAGGCCAAGAGCAAGUUAGUUGAAUAUGCACAGAAGUCCAGAGCGAAGAGCCAGCAGCAGCAGCAGCAGCAUCUUUGGCGUCGCUCCCAGCAGCAUCAGAACCAGCAGCCGCAGCAGUUGGGCGGUAUCCAAGGCAACCAGCUUCAUCAGCAGCUCCACAAGGUCCAAUCGACUGCUGCGUCCGCAGCCAUCGUAGACGUAGGGUCCGUAGGGGCCAUUGUCGACACCGCCACACCUACCGCAACCACAACCACAGCUUCUACAGAUUCAGGAUCUUGGGGCGAUUUAAAGACAUUGGAGGAUAUUGUAGCGGCUUCGAUUAUUUCAGGCAUUGAUAUGACCAUUCCAUCCGAGUCCAUCGCCCCUCAUGCCAGCCUUCGUCAGCACCGCUUUUCUCCUUAUUGAUUCCUUUGUUUUUUUUUUAUUGCGAUAACAGCGCAUUUUUACUGUAGCCAUGAAUUAAUGUCUUGAUGAACCAAUGUCAUAGCAAUCAUGCGAAAUAUAAGAAGAAAAAAAAAACUACAAAAAAACUCCCCGAAAAAAAGCCAGUAAAAAAAAAAAAAAAAAA